GCAGGGUCGGCGAGGCUUUUCAUAAAACGUCCGGAGCCUCUAACUCACGCCCGUAGCGAUUUUAACGUCAUUCCGAUUAAAAGAAAAAACAAACGGGGGGAAAAUAAACUGACGAAAGCCCGCAUUCGCCCUGACUUUUCCCCUUUGCGGUGGUGACACCGAGGCCCGGCGCACAACUUAAAAUCUGAAGUGGCGCACUAUUUGUCUGAGAAGUGGUCGACAGGCGGUUCUUCGGCCGCUCUUAAACAUGGCCGCCGCAGCCGAGCGAAAGCUGCAACUUUAAAUUUCGGAUUUUAAAAGGGGGAAAGUGGCCCUUUCUUCGCCGCGGAAACGGGCAGCCUUCAGCGGGAUACCCGCUCCGCAAGUAACGGCAUCCAUGCGGGAGCCCCACGGCAGCCUUUCGGGGGUUCCCCCGCUCGUAUACAUUGCAUAAGGGCUGGAGAAGAAAAUAGAAUUAUAUCCAUUUUUUUUUUCCUCCUUUGAAUUGUUAUUGUUUUCUUGUGCGUGUCCGGUGACAUUUUGACAGGAUCACACGGACAUGGCUUGUUUUUUUCGCCAAGGAUGGAGAAUGAGUUCCAAGGGAUGUAAUGUGGUUUUGUUUGUGAGAAAGGAGAGCGACCGUAUGCCUCUCUGUUAUUGAAAGGGAAAAGACGCUGAUCGCAGUGCUGGAUUCUACAUGUGUUUUAUAUAUACAUAUGUAUAUUUUUUUGCGCAAUCGGACAAAUUAUUGUUGGAUUAUAACUGUGUGCCUCCGAAACGCAUGAACUGCAUUUCUUGUUUCCACUAGAUCAUUCGCACAGGAGAGUAAUAUAUGUAUAUUCAUAUAUAUAUGUAUACACCCCAACCCCCAACACUCAGAAAAUACUAAACAAAGUAUUAUAUUUCACAUAUGACAUUAAAGGUCAUGAAGGAGAUAAUCCCAAACUUCUAGGGUUAAAAAGAAUGUCAUCAGAGGACAAGAGUCUAGAGGCCUCUGAGCACGGACCAUCGCCGCCCCCAGCUGGCGGGGGGGCCACCCCCGCUGGCAGCCCCGCCCCCUCAGACAAGCGCCCCCGCGGCCGGCCUCGCAGGGAUGCUGUCGCCGCCCCACCCAAGCCCCGAAAGAAGCCCCGCAGCCGAGGAAAGGCGGCGGGUGAAGAUGAGGACAGCAUGGACGGGACUGAGGCGGCGGAAUCCGAGAGCCCUCAGCAGAUGGAAACGAAGGAGCCGCAGGAGGUGAGCGAGGGAGGCCAGCCCACGGAAGGUUCUGGAGAACCAGCCAUCUCGCCGUCCACGCCGCCCCAGCACCCGGAGCCAGAGCCCUGGGCAGAAUCAGCUUCAUCAGAGGCCAGAGGGAGCGAGCAGCUGUGCGCCUUGUGUCACUGUGGGGCACGCAGCCUCCUGGGGCAGGGCGAGCUGAGGUGGUUUGGACCGCAACCGGGACAGAUUCCCCAGGCCGAUCCCGGAGGGAGCGGUGGGCAGCGAGACCAGGAGCAGACUCCUUCAAGUACUGCUCCCUCUCGGCCGGCAGAGGAGCCGCCCAGCAAGCUGUGGGACGAGCUGGGCCAGGUGGGCCUCCCUGAUGACACUGACGCGCGGUCGCUCUUCGACCCGGCAGGGCGAUGCCUCGUUCACCAGCGCUGUGCGUCGUGGUCAGAGGUUUUCAGCCGGGGGGAGGGACAGGCGCUGAUCCAGGUGGAGAGAGCCAUCCACUCAGGGAGCACACAGCGUUGUGCGUACUGUAAACGCCUUGGAGCGUCCGUCAGGUGCUGUGAGAAGACGUGCCAACGCUCGUACCAUUACCCGUGUGCCCCCGCCGCCGGAACCUUCCAGGACAUCCGGAGCUACAGCCUCCUGUGCCCCGAGCACAUCCAGCAGGCCGUCGAGCGCGCCAAGGAGCAGGCCAACUGCGCGGUGUGUGACAGCCCCGGCGAUCUGCAUGACCAGUUGUUCUGCACCAGCUGUGGGCAGCACUACCACGGCGUGUGCCUGGACGUGGCCCCCACCCCGCUCAAGCGAGCCGGCUGGCAGUGCCCUGAGUGCAAGGUGUGCCAGACAUGCAAAAACCCGGGAGAAGACAGCAAGAUGCUGGUGUGUGACAUGUGCGACAAAGGCUACCACACCUUCUGCCUGCAGCCUGUGAUGGAAUCCAUCCCCACGAAUGGGUGGAGGUGUAAGUACUGCAGGGUAUGCAUCCAGUGUGGCACCAGGAGCAGUGCGCAGUGGCACCACAACUGCCUGCUGUGUGAGAGCUGCUUCCAGCAGCAGGACCCGACGGGGUGCUGCCUGGUCUGCGGGAAUGCUGGGAACCCAGAGCUCCACAAGGACGUGCUGUCCUGUCACCUCUGCAGAAGGUGGCUCCACCCGGAGUGCGAGCAGCCGGCUGAGAGGGACGCAGACGCCCCGCAGAGGGAGGACUACGUCUGCGCAGACUGCAGGCAGGCAGAGCUGGAUGGCGCCCCGGAGGAGGGGACCCACGGCGUCACGGAGCCAGCGCCAGCUGCAGAUAUUGGCGGUGAGGCCGCGGAGGAGCGUGCGGCGGACGGGGCGGCGGGUGGAGGAGACCCGGAGGAGGAGCCCCCAGGUAUGUGUCACGCCGUUCUACUGGCCCCGGAGAUCGACGCCCCAGAGGUCCCGACGUCACCGGCGUCGGCUGUGGUUUCCGUGGAGCCGGCGGCAGCGAGCCCUUCGUCGACCCGCAAGGACGAGUGCCCCGACACCACGACGGGAGCCUCGGAACCGGCGGAGCCCAUGGAUUGUCCCCCCGAGGACGUGGGCUCCCCACCCCAGGAGGCCGAGCAGACGGCAGGGGCCGCCGAAAAGGCUCUGGACUCUCCUACCAAAGAGACCAACUCGAUUGCGGAAGAAACAAUGGAGGUCUCUCCCACGGAACAUUCUAGAAUGUCUGGAAUAGACCAAGCGGCCGAUUCCGGGGGCGAAGGGCCACCACCGGCGGAGACUGGCGUCCGGAUAGCGUCGGGGUCCGCAGACGAGGCCCCUCCUGGCGCCGAGCCCAGUCCUCCCGCAGAGGCGGACUGCGCUCCCGCCAGCGAGCCGGCCCGCUCCGAUUUCAGCCCCCCUGCCGAGGACACGCCUUUGAGGCCGUUCAUAGCAGAGGCGGCAUCGGGAAGUCCCGCCAAGCUGGCUCUGUCCCCACCGUCUGCGGAGGCCUCCCCCACGGAGCCCCCUCCCAGCCAGACCGCCCCCACUCCGCUCGAGCAUGGCAUACCUUCGACCACCUUCAUCUCCAUGACGCCUAAAAUCGGCAUGGGGAAGCCCGCCAUCUCCAAGAGGAAGUUCUCCCCUGGAAGACCACGGGCGAAACAGGGAGCAUGGAGCACCUAUGGCAGUGUGAGCUCACCGUCGUGGUCCCCGGACCGCUCGGACGGGUGGGACACCCCAAAGACGAGGCAGGGUCCUGGCUCGCCUCCCUGGAGCAUCAGAGUGGGACGCGGCUCGGGCUUCCCGGGGAAGAGGAGGCCUCGGGGGUCGGGCCUGUCCGGGAGAGGAGGCCGGGGCCGCUCCAAGCUGAAGAAUGGCGUUACCCCCAUCGUGGCUCCGGGGGUGAGCAUCCCGGAGACGCCGUACAUGGUGAAGGAGGAGGAGGAAACCGCCAUGCACAGCACCAUGGUCAUGUUCUCCAGCAGCGACGGCUUCACCCUCAAGCAGGACAUGUGUGUGGUCUGCGGUAGUUUCGGGCAGGGUGCUGAGGGCCGGCUCCUGGCCUGUGCCCAGUGUGGCCAGUGCUACCACCCCUUCUGUGUCAACAUCAAGAUCACCAAGGUGGUGCUCAGCAAAGGAUGGCGCUGCCUGGAAUGCACGGUGUGCGAAGCGUGUGGGCAGGCCACCGACCCGGGCCGCCUGCUGCUGUGUGACGACUGCGACAUCAGCUACCACACCUACUGCCUGGACCCGCCCCUGCAGACUGUGCCCAAGGGCAGCUGGAAGUGCAAGUGGUGCGUUUCCUGUACGCAGUGUGGCGCCACGACUCCGGGACUGCGCUGCGAGUGGCAGAACAACUACACGCAGUGCGCCCCCUGCGCCAGCCUGGCCACGUGCCCGCUCUGCGCCCGCAGCUACUGCGAGGACGAGCUCAUCGUCCAGUGCCGCCAGUGUGACAGGUGGACCCACGCUUCCUGUAUAGGCCUGAACUCUGAGGAGGAGUUGGAGAACGCACCCGACAGCAGCUUCGACUGUAGCACCUGCAGGGCACAGACAGCACCAUCCCAAGUGCUGUUGCCCCCACCCGUGCCCGUGAUCCAGACCGUCACCGAACCGGUGGAGCCCUUGCCUGCCCCGCAGAUCAUGACCAAGACCAAGGAGCUUGAGCCGGGCCGGACGUACACCCAAGACGGCGUGUGCCUGACCGAGCUGGGCCUGUGCCAGCUGCAGAGCCUGGCAGGCCACGGGCCGCGGCGCCGGCGAUCGAAACCCAAGCUGAAGCUGCGGAUCAUCAACCAGAACAGCGUGGCGGUGCUGCAGGCCCCGGCGGACCCGCAGUCCGAACACUCCCGCGACGGGGAGCUGGAGGAGACCAGAGAGGGUGAACUUCUGGACUGUGAUGGCAAGUCAGACUCCAGCCCCGAGCGGGAACCUGCUGAUGAAGACUCCAAGGGACCUGAGGGAACCGACGGGGCCAAGAAGAGGAAGAGAAAACCGUACCGACCCGGUAUCGGUGGGUUCAUGGUACGACAGAGAAGUCGAACUGGCCAAGGGAAGAACAAACGUUGUCUUACCAGGAAGGAUUCCUCGGGCUCUGUGUCUGAGAACCUUCUUGGCAAGGAUGAAGGUUGGACUGAGAUGCCAGAUACCCCAGUAGAUGAGACCCCCCCUGGCUCUGAGGGUCUAGAGAAAGCUAAGAAGCGUUACAGGAAGCGCAGAAGCAAACUGGAAGAGGAAUUCCCCUCGUACCUGCAGGAAGCCUUCUUUGGGAAGGACCUGCUGGACAGGAGCAAGCAGAACCGGCAGUGCAUGGAGCCUGGGUUUACUGACGACGACCGGGCGCAGUCCAACAGCAAGCCCGCCGGCGCUGGCUUCCUGAGCCCCCCUUCGGGCCCGCUGCUCGGCUCAGCUGCCCCGCCCCUCUCUGCCAAAACCGGUCCUCUGCCCAGCACCGAGGACCCCUUACUGGACCUGUCGGAGGUGCUGAACACGGACAACGACAUCCUGGGAAUGCUGUCGGGGGAUCUGGUGAAGCCAGCUGAGCAUCGAGGUCUUCAUUUAAGCCGCUUCCAGGUCGAGAGCUCCACCUCUCCAUUUGACGACUCUGCCACAGUCCCCCCGACACCCCCCGGGCGAGGACCCCGACCACUACCGGAGGAGCCUCUGGAUGGGAUCCUGAGUCCCGAGCUGGACAAGAUGGUCACUGAUGGUGCGAUUCUCAGCAGGCUUCAGCAAAUUCCAGAGCUGGAGGGGAAGGAUGUCGAAGACCUUUUCACAGCAGUCCUGAGUCCCAGCACCAGCCAGCCCCCUCCUCUAGCUCAGGUGCCGCCAUCCUCUGCCAUUCCACUGGCAAACCCAGGAAAUGGCAUUUUUCCACGCAUGCCGAUGAUGAAUGGCCUCAUGGGACAGAACCCAAACUUCCCUCCAGUGUCUGUGAAUCCUGGGAGAGGCGCGUGUGUCCCGAACACCUUUCCUCCCGUUCAGUGCCUGCCUUUCCAUGAUGGCAUGAGAGACAAGACAUUUCGGCAAAUGCCCAGAGAGCCAGCAGGCCCAUGGAGCGCAGCUGGCUCCGCCCCCUCGCUCGAGGGCGAGACAGACACCAUGUCCAAUACCCAGAAGAACACCCUCAAGUGGGAGAAGGAGGAAUCGCUGGGCGAGGCAGCCACAGUCGCUCCUGUCCUUUACACUAACAUGAACUUCCCCGGCCUUAAGGAGGAAUUUCCAGACUGGUCUACAAGAGUCAAGCAAAUUGCAAAGCUGUGGAGGAAAGCCAGCUCCCAGGAACGGGCACCAUAUGUGCAAAAGGCUCGAGACAAUAGGGCCGCACUCCGCAUUAACAAAGUGCAGAUGUCCAAUGAGUCCAUGAAAAGGCAGCAACAACAACAGCAGCAGCAACAACAGCAGCAGCAGCAGCAACAGCAGCAGCAGCAACAGCAGCAGCAACAGCAGCAGCAACAGCAGCAACAGCAGCAGCAACAACAGCAGCAGCAACAACAGCAGCAGCAGCAGCAGCAGCAGCAGCAGAUGGACAUGUUUGACCCCAGCAUCCCCUUGGACUCUGAGCUGCUCUUCAAGGACCCCCUGAAGCACAAGGAAUCUGAGCAUGAACAGGAGUGGAAGUUCAGACAGCAAAUGAGACAGAAAAGCAAACAGCAGGCAAAAAUCGAAGCCACACAGAAGCUCGAACAGGUUAAGAGUGAGCAGCAGCAGCUCCAGCAACAACAACAGAUGGGUGGUCGGUCGGAAGGAGACACACCCAACAGCGGCAGUGAAAGCCCCGUGGCCUGUCAGUCUGGUAAUGGUAACAUGUCGCCCAUGCAGCAGGCAGUGCCCAAGGAUGGGUUUCCUCGCCCGCAACUCCCUGGAACACCUACGUCAGGGUCAUCUGAUGAUGUCUUCUUGCGUCCCCCACCUCCUCCCCCAGCUGGUGUACGGAUGCCGGUUCAGGAUGGGGGUGCCUGUCCGCCACACGGGCAGUCCUCCCAGCCACAGUCCCCGCAAAGGUUCUCUCCUAGCACUAGUGGCUCCAGACCUUCCUCCCCCUGGGACCCAUAUGCCAAAAUGGUGGGGACUCCUCGGCCACCCCCGAUUGCAUCAAGCACACCUCGUAGGAGUUCUGUUGACUCAGGAAAAUCUCCCAGAGCAGAGCAGCAAGAACGAGAGCGACCUUCUCCUGUCCAUGAAUCAUUUGGCUCUCCGACUUCCAUGAGCAGUGACCCCUACGCUAAACCGCCUGACACUCCCAGACCUGCAACGAUAGCAGACCCAUUUCUGAAGCCUAUGGGGCCACCAAGGUCAUGCUCUGCUUCUGAGCAGCAGGGAAGGCAAGUGAUGAGUUCACCGGCAGGCAACACGUUUGCCAGACCAACACUUCGAAAUGAGAGCUACCAGCGGAUGCCCCCAAACAGGAUGAUUCUGUCAGACCCCUAUUCUAGGCCUCUGCUGACACCUAUUCCUGGAAGCAAUGAGUCUGGUUCUGUCCCAUUGUUCAAAACCCCAAUGCCUCCUAAUCAGUCACAUGAUCCUUUUAACACCAUGCAGUCUACGCACAGACCUUCAGAGGGAUUUUCUCAAAAUCAACAAAUUGACCCAUAUGCACACCCUCCCCUUACUCCUCGUCCCUCAGUAAAUGACAAUUUUUCACAUCCUUCCAGGAUGGCUCGACAUCCCCAGGGCAGCUCCUUUUCUCAGUCUGGACCUAUGGUACAGCUGCCUUCUAGAGAUCCAUAUAGCCAAACUGCUUCUGACCCCUAUGCCCAACCUCCUGGUACCCCUCGACCUUUACCUGACCCUUAUGCCCAACCCCCUGGUACUCCUCGACCUUUACCUGACCCUUAUGCUCAACCCCCUGGUACUCCUCGACCUUUACCUGACCCUUAUGCUCAACCCCCUGGUACUCCUAGGCCUUUACCUGACCCUUAUGCCCAACCACCUGGAACUCCUCGACCUGUAUCUGACCCUUAUGCCCAACCCCCUGGAACUCCUCGACCUGUAUCUGACCCUUAUGCCCAACCCCCUGGAACUCCUCGACCUGUAUCUGACCCUUAUGCCCAACCCCCUGGUACUCCUCGACCUGUAUCUGACCCUUAUGCUCAGGCACCUGGUACUCCACGAUCUUUACCUGACCCUUAUGCCCAACCGCCUAAUACUCCUCGAUCUUUAUCUGACCCCUAUGCUCAACCCCCUGGUACUCCUCGACCUGUAUCUGACCCCUACAGCCAAUCUCAUGUUACUCCUCGUUCUUUGUCUGACCCUUAUGCCCAGCCACCUGGCACUCCUCGGCCUUCAUCUAACCCUCGACUUGCUGCUGUGGAGCAAUACCCCCAACAAUCUCAACCACAGCCUUCCAGUCGUAGACAGUCACCAUCACACUCAGUAGACCCUUAUGCUCAGCCACCAGGAACUCCACGUCCAGUGAUGGGAGAAAGUUUCUCCAAAUCCCCAGGUAGCCAGAGAAGUGUUGAUCCUUAUCUGCAUUCUCAGAGGACUCCAAGACUCAUGAAUAGUGGUCCAUAUGGCCAACCGCCUGGCACACCUAGACCCUUUUUGAACGAUCCCUACGCUCAGCCUCCAGGAACACCACGGCCUGGAACCAGCACAGAAGUGUUUAACAGACCAGUUACAAGGCCCUUGCUGGCCCCACAAGACCCUUUCUCCCCACCUCAGGGUGCGAUGCAGGAUACCUUUGUACAGCCAGUAACCCCUGGGUCUCAAACACCAAAGCACACCGGGUUAUCUGAUGAUGGAUUUGCACAGUCCCAGCCUAACCUACCCAACCAGACUCCCAUUCAUGACCCUUAUGAGCAGGCCCCAAUGACCCCUCAGCCGCUGGUACCUGAAAGACUCAAUCAUGAACUUAAAGAUCAGCAAGGAGUAGGGCCUGAGGUCAGUUCCCAGGAUAUAGCACAGUUCUCUGAUAUCCCACAAACCGCUGGAACAGUCUCUGAUAUUCAGACUGGAGGACAUCAAAUUCUAGAUGACAAAGAAGAAACACUUAGGAAGCGCCAGCGGAUCCGGGAGCUAAUUCGCAGGCAGCAGCAGCAGAAGAGUGCUCUCCGGCAAGAGAAGGGCCUGCCGGACCCUGCCACAACUCCAGUACCUGGAACUACUCACCAGGAAAACUUGGGCCAGCAGAAUGAGAUGUUUGGCAGGCCUCCUCCCCCAUACCCUGGGACCAUGAAAGGCCCACUGAGGGUUCCAAAACCUUUCCCCAGUGACCACCAAGGUCAUUUCCCCAGUGAAGGGCACUUUCCUAGACCUCAGUUUACUGGGGAAAUGAACAACAUGGGCAUGCGACCACAUGGGUUAAGGUUUGGGUUUCCCUCGGCGGCACCAGGGCCACAUGGGAGCCAGGAACACUUUGUUAAGCCACAUCAGAUUCCUGAGCCUAUGAUGGAUCUCCCCCCACAAAUGAGAAGGUCUGUGUCCAUUGACCUUGGAAGAGCAAUGGGGAACAACCAGAUCGGGCUUCGUCACUUUCCCCCCAGAGGUUUGCAGGUGCAGCAGCACAACAUAAUGGGACAGCCAUAUAUAGAACUGAGACACAGAGCCCCUGAGAACAGAGUGAGGCUUCCCUUUGGAUCUUCUGCUGUACCAGGAAAUGGGGAUCCUUCCAUUCAGGCAGAAGCACCACCAGGAUUUUUGAGUGAACAGGAGGAUGGCUUCCCUGUAAAUCAGGGGCCUAAAACGAUGGACCCUAUGGUGAACCAGUGUUCAGGAAUUUCUAACCAAAUGUCAUCCAGUAUGGAAAACCUGCAUCAGCAGCCUAUGCCAAUGAACUCGGGGCCUCAGCAUCCUCCUCUCAUGCGCUCUUUAAGUCAUCCGUCAUCAACUGAAGCCUUAAAUCCACCUUCAUCCAUCAUGCUCCCAGCAGCAACCGUGGAACCUGCAGAGGAGAUUCCAAUACCUAGCACAGAUGGAAUUGAAGAAAAACUGGACACUGAUGACUCAGCUGUAAAAGAUCUGGAAGAUGUGGAAGUCAAAGACUUAGUAGAUGAUGACCUCGAAAAUCUCAAUCUUGAUCCUGAGGAUGGCAAGGACUUGGACCUUGAGACAAACGAUUUGCAUCUUGAUGACUUCCUCACGUCUGGAAAGUUUGACAUAAUUGCAUACACAGAUCCUGAACUUGAUCUGGAGGAUAAGAAGGACAUGUUCAAUGAAGAGCUGGAUCUCGGAGAUCCCAUUGAUGAUGGUGGUGAGCCUUCAGACUUGCAUAACGUACUGUCUGAGAAGAAUAACACCAGCUCCAAUAGCACUGAGUUGCCUUCCAAAGUGACCACAGAGCCUGGAACAGGAAAAUCAGAGAAAAUACCAGAGUGGUCUUCUGCUCAGGUCAAACAGGAGACCACCUCUCAUAGCCAUCCCCUGUGCACAAAGCAAAUUGUUAAAUCUGAAGUCAAAGAGGGUCAGGCAUCUGCUGAGGAGACUCCUGCCUGCAGAGGUCAACAUGAUGGAAGAAUAGUGCCUCACAAGGAGGGUCUUGGAGAUAGCCCCAGGCUCAUGGAAACGUCUGUUCAACAGGCUCUUCAGGUUUCAGCCAACGGGCUUUCCGAUUCGACUCCAGUCCUUUCACGCCUGCUGAUCAAGGAGAACUUGGAAGAGGCUGCACUCAGCUCAACAAGCUCUUCUAGUCAGAGUGACCUAACGGCUCAAACUAGCCAAAUGAAGGGAGCACAGCAGACUCCGAACAUGAUGAUGACGGCGGCACAGAUCCCUGACCAUGCGAUGAAUCCCAGUAUGGCUGUGGGUCAUCUCAUGAACCCCAUGCAAGGAGCGCCACCUGGAAAUCUAAAUCUCGUACAAGGGCAGCCCUCAUGCCAAGCCUUUGCAGGCGACCUGCCGGCAGACUCAACGCUUGCUCUGGAGAAUCAGCAGCUGCCUGGGACCAUGGCCCAAGCACAGGCCCAGCAGGCUUUGUUUACUCAGGGCUUGAGCCAGCAGAACCAGCAAAACAGACCUCUACUUCUGGAUGAGCAGCCCCUCCUUCUGCAGGACUUGCUAGACCAGGAAAGACAGGAGCAGCAGCAGCAGAGGCAAAUGCAGGCCAUGAUUCGCCAAAGAUCAAGUGAUUCUUUCUUCCCCAACGUUGACUUCGACGCUAUCACUGACCCCAUCAUGAAAGCCAAGAUGGUCGCUCUGAAGGGAAUCAACAAGGUCAUGGUUCAGAACAACAUGGGAAUGGCACCAAUGGUCAUGAACCGGUUCCCGGUAAGUGGCCCACAGGCACCAGCUCCUCAAUGUCACAGCAGUGGAGUAAUCUCCCAGCAGGCAAUGGGCCAGGAUGGCAAGUUGGCACCCCAUAUCGUACGACCCAGUCCUCCUAAUUUUGGGCCGGGAUUUUCCAAUGACACUCAGAGGAAGCAGUAUGAGGAGUGGCUUCAGGAGACCCAACAGCUGCUGCAGAUGCAGCAGAAGUUUCUGGAAGAGCAGAUUGGGGCCCACAGGAAGUCCAAGAAAGCCCUGUCUGCAAAGCAGCGCACGGCCAAGAAGGCGGGUCGUGAGUUCCCUGAGGAGGACGCUGAGCAGCUGAAGCACGUGACGGAGCAGCAAGGCGUGGUGCAGAAGCAGCUGGAGCAGAUCAGGAAGCAGCAGAAGGAGCACGCUGAGCUGAUCGAGGAGUACCGCGUCAAACAACAACAGCACUGCGGCCUACAGCCGCCCAUGAUGGCCGCCAUGCAGGGCCAGCCGGCCCCUGUCCCUGGGGGCCCAUCCAUCAACCAGCCCGUGGGCCAGCUUCACCCGGGCCCCCAGCCCAAUGCCCCUCGCUGGCACCCAGGCUCCCCGGCCCCUGCCAUGGGCCCCCGGAUGCCCUCCCUCCUGCCUCCUCCGCAGGUACCCCCAGCUAACCCCGGCCCGCCUCCCGCACUCCCGCCGGCCGCCAAGAUGGUAGACGUAGCGGCGGCAGCCGGCGAAUCCCCACAAGUGAAGUUUGAUGACAAUAACCCAUUCAGCGAGGGCUUCCAGGAGCGGGAGCGCAAGGAACGGCUGCGCGAGCAGCAGGAACGACAGCGGGUGCAGCUGAUGCAGGAGGUGGAGCGGCACCGCGCCCUGCAGCAGCGCCUGGAGAUGGAGCGGCAAGGUCUGGGGGCGCAGGACAGGACGCAGGGGGGCGUCUACAGCACCGACGUACCCCGGGAGUUUAUGCAGCCAUCGAGGCCGCAGCAGCCUCUGGGCCAGAUGUUUCCCCAGCAGCCCAACACACAGCCAGGCUUCAUGGGAUCUCCUUCGGUCCAUUUCACGCCAGGUGGAGAUCACCGGGCUUUUCCGGGCCACGGGAUGGGGCCGGGAUUCCGACCCAGCAACCCUGUGACAUCCGGCCCGAAUUUUGCCCAGGGUCAGCCCAGACCACAGAGGUUUGGGGCACCGGGACUGCCCCCUGCAGUGGCGGGCGAGGCGCCCCCAUUCGGGAUGGAGCCAUCCACCCCCCUGCCUCCCUCAUACCCCGGGCCAGGCCAGUCACUCAUCCAGCUGUACUCCAAUAUCAUCCCCGAGGAAAAGGUCAAGAAGAAGAGGAACACGAAGAAGAAGAAGAAGGACGACGAUGCUGACUCAGUGCAGACGCCCUCCACCCCACACUCUGAUCUCGCUGCACCGCUGACCCCGGCAGUGUCUGAUACCUCCUCCACUCCCACCCGGAUCGCCCAGCACUUGGGCGAGUCGGACCCUUCCGAACCCUCAUUGGGCCCCUCCACCCCUGGCCUCCUCGGCGACCAUUCCCAUUCCAAGUUGAACCGGGAAUCAUCGGGAAGCAUUGGCUGUCCUCCACACCAGCAGGAGGCGACACUCCGCGAGAUCAAGCUGGAGCAGAUGGACAACAGUGAGUGCCAAGGAGGCAGGGACAUCCAGCUGGAAGCACCCACAGCACCCAGGACGGUGAAAGUGGAAGAAGAGCUGGAGGGUCAAAGCCCCACCCAGACAGCCAAGGGGGAUUCUGGGAAUGAGCUUCUGAAGCACCUACUGAAGAACAAGAGCACUCCACCGCUACUGCCUAAUCAGAGACCCGGUGACGGCCUGCCGUUGGAAGUAGGGCGUUCAGCUGACGGCAGCGCCCCCCAGAGGCACAGUAGCGUAGACAGCAUUGGGGUGGUGAAUACAGAUUGCCACCUGGCCGGUCCCCGUCCGGAACGUGGAAUUCCACUCCCCGAGCCGGAUAAGAAGAAACAGCGGAAUAAGCGGGCACCCAAGACCGUUGAGAAGCCCACCCCCCGUUCCAAGAAGAGGAGGAAGGAGGAAGAGGAGAGGGCGUACCCCAGCACAGACACACUGAUGACGCAGCUCAAACAGCAGCUGUCCCUCCUGCCCCUGAUGGAGCCCCUCGUGGGCGUCAGCUUUUCGCACUUCCCCCCGUACGGCAGCGGCCAGCUGGACGGCGAGAGCCAGCUCUCUGGGGCUUUUGGCAGUGCGUCGCUGGGCGGCGUGUCCGACUACUACUCCCAGCUCAUCUACAAACAGGACAACCUCAGCAAUCCACCCACGCCCCCAGCCUCUCUGCCUCCGACCCCCCCGCCGCUGGCACGGCAGAAGAUGGUAAAUGGGUUCGCUACCACAGAAGAGUUGGCUACCAAAGCCGUCGUCAUGGUGACCAAAGGUCUGGGACCCAGGAGCUUCCAGGCUCCGUUUCGCCCGGAAGAUGAGCUGCUUGUGCGAGCGAUCGCCCAAGGCCCCAAAACAGUGGAUGUGCCCGCCUCGCUCCCCACGCCCCCCCACAACAACCAUGAGGAGCUCAGGGGCCAGGAGCCCUGUGAGGACCGGGAUACCCCCGACAGCUUCGUCCCUUCCUCGUCCCCAGAGAGUGUAGUUGGCAUGGAGAUCAGCCGCUACCCAGACCUGUCGCGGGUGAAGGAGGAGCCCCCAUCGCCUGCCCCCUCUCCCAUAAUCCCCAUGCUGCCGAGCUCCAACGGGAAAGUGUCUGGAACCAGACCGCGGGAGGUGAAGACAGAACCUUCUAGCAUGUUCUUCGGAUCUCAGACGGCGAAUGACUCCAAAGCUGGCCUGGUAUCAAUAGCGAUAACCCUGAACCCAGCGGCGGCCGAGAACAUCACCAGCGUGGUAGCGGCCGUGGCGAACCUCUUGGACGUGAAGAUCCCCAGCAGCUAUGAGGUCAGCGGGGGGCCCGACUGGGGGCCCUUGGCACUGCUGGGGGGCCUCAGGGUGCCCCACCAGGGCUUUGCGGCGCGGGUGCCCAGCCUCCUCCAGGGCGCCGGCACUGCCAGGCUCACAAGACCCAUCGGAGCCCCGGGACCGAUGCAGCCGCAGCUCAGCUUCACUCCCAUCAGUACCGGUCCAUCUGCGGUUCAGGGCAAGGUUCUCCCAGGGGACCGGAACCCAGGACCCAGGCCACAGUGGUGCUGCCACUGCAAAGUGGUCGUCCUGGGAAACGGAGUCCGGAAAUCUACCAAGGAUCUGGGCGCUCUCAAACAGGAACCGCAAGAGAUCCAGGCCGGUGUGGACGGAAACAUGGUGUUCUGCAGCCACACCUGCUUCAUCCUCUAUUCAUCCACACGGCAGCCCAAGACCGUCAGCGUGAAGCAGGUGGCGAUUGCCCCCCCUCCCCCGGCAUCCCCGUCGAAAGCCCUGCACCAGUACAGCAAUAACAUGUCGGCACUGGACGUGCACUGCUUAGCGCAGCUGCAGUCCCGCAGCCCGGCGCCACCCUCCUCACCGCCACUCACCUUCCCGCCUGCCUUCGCCGAGGCUGGCAAGACUGAGUCAAAGGCCGACAUCCUCAGGGUGACAGUGAAGCUGAAGCCCCGCCUCCGUGCCAUGCACAACGGCGCCGACGACCUGCGGCACCAUGGCAAGCGGUGGAAGGGCACCCGCUGGAGGAAGUGGAGCGUGCAGGUGGUAGUGCCCAGCAUCGGAUCCCAGCUGCCCUCCGAGGACGAGGUGGACGGGCUGCUCCAGAAGCUUGGUGCCUCGCUGCGACCCAAGCCACUGCCCCGGGACCAGCGCCGCUGCUGCUUCUGCCACGAGGAGGGCGACGGGCUCACAGACGGGCCGGCACGGCUGCUCAACCUAGACCUGGACCUGUGGGUGCACCUUAACUGCGCGCUGUGGUCUACAGAGGUGUACGAGACGCAGGCAGGCGCCCUCAUUAAUGUGGAGCUGGCGCUGCGGCGCGGCCUGGCAGUGCGCUGUGCCUACUGCCAGCGCACCGGCGCAACCAGUGGCUGCCAGCGUAUGCGCUGCACCAAUGUUUACCACUUCACCUGCGCACUGCGCGCCCACUGCAUGUUCUUCAAGGACAAGACCAUGCUGUGCCACGGCCACCGGCCACGCAGCGGUGCCCAUGAGCACGAGCUGCGCUGCUUCGCCGUCUUCCGGCGCGUCUACGUGCAGCGGGACGAGGCACGGCAGCUGGCCAGCGUGGUGCGACGCGGCGAGCGCGACCACACAGUGCGCGUCGGCAGCCUCCUGCUCCACACCGUGGGUCAGCUGCUACCCCAGCAGAUGGCCGCCUUCCACUCGGCCACUGCCAUCUUCCCGGUCGGCUAUGAGGCCAGCCGCAUCUACUGGAGCAUGCGGCACGGCAACCGCCGCUGCCUCUACUUAUGCUCCAUUGACGAGCACGAUGGCACGCCGGAGUUCAGCAUCCGUGUGGUGGAGCAGGGCUACGAGGACCUGCUGCUCACUGACACCACACCCAAAGGAGUGUGGGACAAGGUGCUGGGACCAGUAGCGGAGCGGAGAAGCGAGUCGAGCACUCUGAAGCUCUUCCCCGUCUACCUGAAAGGCGAGGACCUGUUUGGGCUCACUGUGUCUGCUGUGACCCGCAUCGCAGAGUCGGGGUUGGGACUGUUUGCUGCCAAAGACAUAGAGAAAUACACCAUGGUGAUUGAGUACAUCGGAAGUGUCAUUCGGAACGAGGUGGCCAACAAGAAGGAGAAGAUGUACGAAGCUCAGAACCGUGGGGUGUACAUGUUCCGAAUUGACGGUGAGCGCGUUGUCGACGCCACCCUCCGAGGAGGUCCUGCCCGGUACAUCAAUCAUUCUUGUGCGCCGAACUGUGUGGCUGAGGUGGUCACGUUCGAGAGAGGCCAACGGAUCAUCAUCAGCUCAAAUCGGAAAAUUCAGAAAGGAGAAGAGACCAUCCUGCCGAUCAACAUGAGCGCAGUGGAUGAACACCAGGAGGAACCAGAGGGCAGAGCCAGAGGACAGUUAGAUGCACCACGAGAGGCCCUUUCGCAGGGUGAUGCAAUGCAGGCCGGCAUUCAGACGGAGCGGAGUGUGAGUGGGAAGGUCUGGGAGCGCGGCGGCCCUGGAGAGUCGCCGGCGUCGCACGCGGCCCCCGCGGCCCCCGCGGCCCCCGCGGCCCCCGCCUCCAGCAUCCACCUUUCCCGUAGCGAAGUCCCAGGGCAGCUGAGGUCACUCUGA